AUGCGUUGCAGCGCCAGCCUUCUGCGCAAAAGGAAUUUCUGGGUCAUUGAAAGAAGUCCUGCUCUGAUUCAAUACCGUCUCCCACCCUGCAUCCCACGUCAAACCUUGGGAUCAAGAUUCCCACUCUGCCUUCCCUCUCAUUCCCAACGGAGGGGUGCGAAAACCAUUUCAAGGAGAAAGGUGAAAGAGCUGCAGCAGGGUGCAAUCGUCGCCGAUUCUCUGCUUGAUCUACCAACUGACGAUGAGCCUCAAUAUCCCACCCUCCUGCAGGAGGUGAAGAAUAACAUGUUAAAAUUUGAGAACUGCGUCUUGCUCACAAAAGUCGGAAAUUUCUAUGAGCUGUACUUUGACCAGGCUGAGCAGUAUGGCCCACAGCUGAACCUGAAGGUCUCUUCGAGAAAGACCAAGCUUGGUCCAGUUUCUAUGGCCGGGUUCCCAAUUUUCCAGUUGGAUCGCUUUCUCAAGAUAUUGGUGCAAGAUCUCAAUAAAUACGUUGCAAUUUGCGAAGAAUUCCUUAUCCCCGUCUCUAGCAAGGUGAAGUCUGGUGGGUUGUUAUAUGACCGACACGUCACCCGAGUUGUUACCCCUGGGACAUUGAUUGAUGAAAAGUUCCUUGACCCAUACGAGUAUAACUUCCUGCUCUCUAUUUAUCCUGAACCUCAGACGCCACAACAUGGGUCUGCAAUGAUUGAGACUCCGGUUCUAACUGAGCAGAAACUUGGUCUUGCAUGGUUGGAUCUAUCUACUGGCGACUUCUUCACUCAAUCAACAGAUCGCAGCUCCCUGUCGUCCUCGAUCACUCGAAUCUCCCCGCGAGAAAUCGUGCUUCCCUCCAAGGUUGCAGAAGACAUUGAAUCGGAAAUUAAACAGGUAGUGGGACACGACCAUCGACUACUUACUUUUCAUGACUUAAAUACUGAAUUUUCAUCCAUGUCAGACUGGGCCUGCAUGCUAGAAACUCCGGUGCCUGAGGGCGCUGACGAGAUUUUCAGUCUCGGCGAAAAACUUGCUGGACAUCGCCUGCUUGAUUAUGUAAAACUUCGGCUUCAAGGCUUGCAAUUACGACUGCAGCCACCCCGUCAGAGAGAAAUACGCGAAACUCUUGUCAUCGAUCGCAAUAGUCUGAGAGGCCUUGAGCUUUUGGAGACUGCGCGGGAUGGACUUGGGAAAGGCAGCUUGUUCCACGCAGUCAGGAGGACUGUGACUAAAAGUGGUGCCCGUCUCCUUCGUGAUCGACUAACAUCCCCAUCUGCUUCUCUGGUCGAAAUCAAUGGCCGACUUGAUCUGGUGUCAGUAUUCAUACAAUCCCAAGAAUUGAACGAGGCUCUGGUCUUCCGUCUGGGGCGGACAUACGAUGUGCAGCGAUUGGUCCAAAAGUUUGCGUUAAACAAAGGCGACGCGGAUGACAUGGUGUCCCUGGGCAGGGCCAUCGCCGAAACCGCGGCCGCGUAUGGUGUACUGCAAUCCGCUGUAGCAUCCGAUAAUACAAGCCUUAGUGACCCAGCCCCAAGCGUGGAGGAAUCACACCCACUCAAGAUACUCCUGAGGCGGUUUACUCUUGAAGGGCCGGCAGCGCUUGAGGAUCGCAUCUCCCACUCGAUAGAUGAAGAGGGGCUGCUUCGACAACAUCGACUUGAGGAGGAUGAGGCAGCGAGUGUGGCGGCUCUCGCCCAGGAGGUUGUAUUGCAAAGUGCUCCAGAAGAGCUCCCGUCCUUACCCAAGGCGGUGCGAUCACGAACCAGGUCCACCGAGGACAUAGAUGGCGAAACGAAGUUAGAAGAACCAUGGGUAAUGCGUCGAAAUGCCACCCAAACCCUCUUCCAUCUACAUGAAACCUUGAAAGAUCUCGAGGUGGAAAAGGUGGAGCUUACUCGGAGACUGAGAGAGGAACUAGGUGCGCCGAGCUUGCAGCUCAAGACUACGCCGGGCCUGGGUCAUAUAUGCCAUGUUCGGAAUGCAGCAGGCUUCGAUCAGUCUAAGUUUGAGUCGUUGCAUGCGAAGAUGGUUUCUUCUACAAAAAGCACACGUUCUUUUUAUCUGACAGAUUGGACAAGGUUGGGUCGCUCCAUUGAUCAGACCGUACUACAUAUACGAGGCGAAGAGAAGAGGAUAUUUGCAGAACUUCGGGAACUCGUGAUCAAGAACCUAAUUACCCUUCGGCGAAACGCUGCAGUAAUGGACGAGCUUGACGUGUCGACAGCAUUUGCUACGUUGGCGAAGGAGCAAUCUUGGACAAGACCAAUUCUGAAUUUGGGAACAGAGCACAAGAUUUUGGGAGGUCGGCAUCCUACAGUCAAGCUGGGCUUGGAAGAGCAAGGCCGAUCUUUUGUGAGCAACAAUCUUAUGCUAAAUCAAAAUGAACGAAUCUGGCUUGUGACGGGGCCUAACAUGGGUGGCAAGAGCACUUUCCUGCGUCAGAAUGCUCUCCUCACCAUUCUCGCUCAAUCAGGAUCAUACGUCCCUGCUACCCAUGCUGAAAUCGGUAUUGUGGAUCAAGUCUUCAGCCGAAUUGGAGCCGCAGAUGACUUGUUUCGUGAUCAAUCUACGUUUAUGGUUGAAAUGUUAGAGACGGCCGCCAUUCUGAAACAUGCAACACCUAGAUCGUUUGUGAUCAUGGACGAGGUGGGACGCGGAACGACACCUGAAGAUGGGACCGCUGUGGGCUAUGCAAGUCUUCACCAUCUUUACCAUAUCAACAAGUGCCGAACGCUGUUUGCGACCCACUUCCACGCCCUAGCUGACAUGACCCAAGAAUGGACCAAGUUAGGAUGCUACUGCACAGAUGUGCUUGAGGAUGCAAAUGGAGCCUUUACUUUCGUCCAUCGAUUGAAGAAAGGAACAAACAGACAUUCUCAUGCAUUGAAAGUGGCCAAACUCGCUGGAUUGCCUCCAGCAGCAUUGAAAGUUGCUGAAAGCGUUCUAUAUAACCUUCUGGAAGAGAAGAAUGGUGUACAGAUACAAGAGUCCCAGGGCCGGGAUUCGGUUAAUGUCCCGUCAAUUGCAGCGGCAGGACGAAGAAGUGAUCCAGAGUAG